UGAGACGGAUCGUGUUCAUUCAUCUCCCGCCAGUUCCCGCAGGUAAAGAUAAUAAAAUCGAAGAUUUGUGCCACAUUUAGGCGUAAUUGACUGCAAACAAUAUUCGAGAAUCUUUCUUCUGAGGAAAAUGGAGAGUUCUGUGGAAGGGACCGUAAUCGAUGAGUCAUUUGCGUUUGUAAACAGACGUGAUGAAGGCAGACUGGGAAUUUACGAUGAUAAAAAAGAUCAAACGGCCUGGUGUACUGGAGAUGCAUUGGACGAUAAAGAUGGAGAUGAUGAUCAAUGGGAGACAUCCUUCCUCAUAAAUGUCGACAGGCUGGACAGCGAUUCCGAAGAUGAUAGUGAGGAGCAACUCAUGUAUCUGGAUGAGGAAGUCCUUGAGGAAGAUCCUGAGGACAAAAAGGGAGAGCCAAUCACACUGAGAACUAAUUACUUCAAGAUUGCUUGUGAUUUAAACAAGUAUUUGUAUAAGUACAAAAUCAAAUUCGAGGGAGAUCGCCCUGACAAUAUCACAGAGCUAAUCAAAGCCCAUUCUCACGUCAUUGGACCUUACAUCGAAGAGCGAUGCAGCCUGUACUGUACGAAGAAACCUCCACUGGAACUCCCCCUGACUGAUGCAGAGAAUCAUAUAUACCUGGAGUUUGUCAAUGAGUUGGAGCCCCAGGAGACUCGUCACCUGAGGAUGUACGAGAUUCUGAUGAAGAGAUCUCUCGAAGAAUUGAACUUCAGAAUGAUUGGCAAGUGCUACUACGAUCUCAAUUCACCAAGGAGAAUCAAGAAUCACACGUUGGAGGUGUGCCCUGGGUAUAUGACUGCAAUUAGCAAGUUCGAUGAGAAUGUUCUCAUCGGUGUGGACGUUACACACAAAGUCCUCUCCCGUAUGUCUGUCCUGGAUUUGCUGGAAAGAGCCAUUGAGGAUCAUGGACCUGAUUACAAGGACGCAUUCAGAACUGAAGUGAUAGGCCUGUCAGUUUGGACACUGUAUGACAACAAAAUGUACCGUAUCGAGGGAGUCACCUUUUCCCACAGUCCACUCUCACAACUACCAGAAGCUGCUCAACGAGGGAACAUGACGUACAAAGAGUUCUUCAGGGAGAAAUGGGGGGUCGAGAUUCAGAACAGCUCGCAGCCCAUGCUGAUUGCGGAUGAUACACCACGGUCAGGUCGUGGGAGAAUUGAGAAGUGUUUUCUUAUUCCUGAAGUGUGUGCAGUUGCAGGAUUAAUUUCAUCACUGAAGAAUGAAACAGACGUGAGAUCUUGGAUCGCAGCGCAAAGAGUAGUAACGCCUGAAACACGUAUUGAGAGAUUAGAAGAUGUCAAUCACCGCUUGCUUAGUAACCCUGUACUCCAGAGGGAGUUUGAAAUAUGGAAUAUGCUGAUGGAUUCAAAGCUCUUCGAGGUGUCAGGAAGGAUUCUCACACCUCAGAAAUUGAUCUUCGGGGGCGGUUGUCAGGCAGAUGUCGACAGUGAAGGAAACUGGUUGCUGGCGUACAAUGAGAAGAGUUUUUUCCAUGCAAAAGAACUUCGUAAUUGGGUCGUGGUGACACCAUCACAAUACAGAGUCGAAACUCAGGAAUUCGUGGCAAAAGUGAUGAAAAACACUCGUAAUUUCCACUUAUCCAAGCCUCGGUGGGUGGAAUUGACGGAGAUAACACUCGAGGGCUACGGUUCAACGCUCGACAGAGCAUUUUUUGAAUUUGAGCCAAAAGCUGUCAUGGUGAUAACUCCAGGACGUCACCCCGACAUCUACCCGGCAAUAAUAAAGAAAUGUUAUGAGGAGAAUUCAGUGCCCUGUCAAGUAAUCACCGAUGGAUGUUUCACUUCAGACGAGCAGGAUGAUUUUGCCAUCAAAGUGGCCAUUCAACUCAACUGCAAAAUGGGAGGCACACCCUGGACCAUUCACAUGCCUCUGAAGAGACUGAUGAUUGUUGGGGUGGAUGUGUGUCAGGAUAAGAAUGAUAAAAACGUUAAUUAUAUUUCUCUCAUUGCCACUCUGGACAGAGAUCUCACCCACUACGUCACCCUGACAAGUGCCUACGAGACAGAUGGACAGAAAACCUCGUGUCUAACAUCGCAUAUCUUCAAAGCUCUCGACAAGUUUCGUGAUGCCAACGACAACCGCCUCCCCUCGAGGAUAAUAAUUUACCGAGGUAGUGUUCUCGAGAGAGAGGUUCGACUCAUCACAGAGCACGAAGUUCGUCGCGUUCACGGUGCCCUCUCCAGGGUUUACGGUGACGAAAGGCGAUUGAAACUCUCGUACAUCCUCGUUUCCACGAAUGCACACAGCAAACUCUUCCAUGGGUCGAGGAAUCCACCCUUGGGGACUGUAGUGGACAGUGUCAUCACACAGCCUGGGCGGAGUGACUUCUACCUGGUAUCCCAUGUUGCUGAGGACGACACAGUGAGCCCCACUUAUUACAAUGUCGUUCAUAAUUCUGCUCGUCUCCCACUGGAGAAAAUCGAAAUCAUCUCUUAUAAAUUAACACACAUGUAUUUUACGAAUAGUCACACUAUUCGAGUCCCUGCUCCUCUCCAGUAUGCUCACAAGCUUGGAGCUCUUGUUGCUAAUUCUCUUCACACUCCACCAUACUCAGAAAUCAAGAAUCUUUACUUUGUUUGAAACGAUUGGUGAAAUUAUUUGAAUCGAUGCAAAAUAUCUCCUUUAUUUGGAGAAACAAAAUGUUCAUGAAUCAAUAUCUUCUGUCAUUAUGAAUUAUAAAUUCAUAGAAUAGGGCAGAUAAAUAGUAGUUACAGUACUACUAAUGUUGUACUGUAUUCAAACAAACUUUCCAUCUUUAUGGUGAAGGCUUUAUGAUACCCCGAGAGAUUAACAUACAUGGAUAAGUACUUUGUUUGAAACAAUUGGUGAAAUUGAUUGAAGCGAUGCAAAAUAUCUCGCUUAUUUGAAGAGAAAAACCGUUCAUGAAUCAAUGUCUUCUGUGAUUAUAAAUGAUAAAUUCCUAGAAUAGAACAGAUUAGCAGUAGUAGUACUUUCAUUUUCAUUCAGGUAUUUCUUCAUUUUAGGUCGAGCAUUUUUUACACAAAUAUUUAUUCCACGCUCACUAUUUCUUAAAUAUCCUCAACAUUCUGAAUUUUAUAGCGCAAGUGCAAUAUUGGUAAUUAAGAAGUGGCUGAGUCGAAAUAGAAUGUCGUAGUUUUAUGUUGUGAGAAACGAUAUGAUUCUAGUGGAGAGUAAAGUUGGAACAAAGAGUCGAAAGGAGUUCUUUGAAAGUGAUUUUUCGUAUUCUUUCAAUUUUGUAUUUUCAAAAUUCUUGCAAUUGAUGAUUUUUUAUUCUUUAUUUGUUGAAUCUUCUCAGUUAUGGGAGAGACUGGGAAAAAUUAUUUUUAGGAAGGGAUCAUUGAUCCGAAGAGCUUCACCAUUUCA